AAAAAUAAAUUUUCGAGUGGAACUUCUCGUGAAAUAAGAAAAACUUCGAAUUCAUUAUUAUGCUCUAAAAAAAACAUUAAAAUCAUGACAAUUUAUUGCACGCUUCACAGAGAUCGACCAACUAUGCAGAAACAAUGUUCUGUUUCACAGUUCUAAACUUGCGAUUCAACAUAUAAUUUUCAAUCAAACCCCAAAUUUCAUGAAUUAUCCUCCCCAAAUUCGAUUAGCUCGAUUGCUUCUUCAAGAAAAAACCUCCAAUCUCCUUUCCCCUCUGCAGCUCUUCCAACUCCACUCUCUAGCAAUCACCACAGGCCUCCAAUUCCAGCACCCCUCAGUUCUCCUCUCUCUCUUCAAGCUCUCUCUCUCUAACCCCUCGACGCUCACACACGCAGACAAACUCUUCCCACGAGUUCAAGAGCCCUACAAAUGGAAUCUCAUGAUCAGACACGCAUCAGCUACCAGCCCUUUAAAGGCGCUGUCUCUGUUUCAAGAAAUGCGAAGCGAUACAUCAAGCGCCCCUUUUUACAACGACCCUUUUGUUUAUGCUUCUCUGGUCAAAGCUUGUGGUAAAGCUAGGGGUUUUCUUCAAGGUAAAUCGGUGCAUUGUCGUGUAAUUAAGCUCGGAUUAGGUUACAAUGCGAAUGUGUUGAACAGUCUCGUUAGCUUUUACUUGGGCUCUGUGAAUUUGAUGAGCUAUGCUGCUGUGUUGUUUGAUUCGGUUUCGGAGAAAAAUGUGGUUAUUGUUAACGGUUUGAUUUCUGGGAAUGUUAGAAGGGGAAAUUUUGAUUUGGGGCUGAAGUUGUUUGUUGAGAUGCUGCGUCGCUGUUUUGGUUCGAAUGUGAAGCCUAAUUGUGUUACUUUCGUGAUUUUGAUAUCCGGUUGUGUCGAAUUUGGGGGAUUUGCAACGGGGAAGGCGCUUCAUUGCUGUAGUUGGAAGAUGGGAUUUGGAUGGAAUGUUGAAAUGUGCAAUGCGCUUAUUGAUUUCUAUGCUAAAUUAGGGUUUGUCUGUGAUGCUGCGAAUGUGUUUGCGGAAAUGCCGGAGAGAGAUUUGAUUUCGUGGAACUCGAUGGUUUGGGGCCAUGUUAAGAGUGGAGAUUAUGUGCAAGCGUUUUCCUUGUUUGGGAAAAUGAGGAACGGAGGCGUCGGAGUUGAUGGAGCAUCGUUUAGUUGCUUGCUGUCUGCUUGUGCUGCUCGUAGAGAUCUCUGGUCGGGGAGGAUGGUUCAUGCCCGUGUGAAAGCUGCCGGGAUGGAGUCUGAUGUCUCCGUGGGGACGGCUCUAAUCAACGUGUAUGCAAAGUGUCGAAGCCUCAAGUCUGCGAGGAAACUCUUCGAUGAACUACCAAAGCGAGAGAUUGGAUAUUGGAACGCGAUGAUACACGCGUAUAUUGAUGCCGGGCUUGCUAGGGAGGCCUUGAAGCUACUCGAUGAGAUCAAGCUUAGGGGUUUACGGCUAGAUGAAGUGACCGUCUUGGGAUUGAUCAUGGCUUGCCGUGAUGCAGGGGAGCUGCAUCGCGGUAGCCUUGUGCAUUCUAUUGUAGAGAGCGAUGAUCUCUUUAAAGGAAGCAUGGUUAUGGGGAAUGCCCUUGUCGACAUGUAUGCAAAAUGUGGGAGCACCUCGAAGGCUAGGUCCGUCUUUGAGAGGAUGCCGCGGAGAGAUGUGAUCUCGUGGACAUCUAUGAUAGUAGGGCACGCUGUCAACGGGGAAGGAGGCGAAUCUCUCGCUACUUUCAAGCAGAUGUGUGCGGAGAAAUUUGUUCCGAACCAUGUGACCUUGCUUGGAGUUCUGUUGGCAUGCGACCAUGCCGGUCUGGUUGAUGAAGGGAUGAGAUUGUAUAAUACGAUGAGUGAAGUGUACCAUAUCGAGCCACGGGUCGAGCACUGUGGCUGCGUGGUCGACAUGCUUGCUAGAGCCGGGAGAGUCGGAGAUGCUCAAAUGUUUGUUCAGAAUAUGCACGCGAAGCCUAAUGCGCUCGUUUGGAGAAUGCUGUUGAAUGCGUGUAGGGUUCACGGCCACAUCGAUCUCGGGUUGAUCUACGUUACCGGCUUAGCGGAGCUGGACACGUCUCCCGACCCUGCCAGUUUCGUGAUCUCCUCUAUCAUGUAUGCCGAAGCUGGGAGAUGGAACGACGUCGUCUCUAGCAGAGACAUCAUGGUUGUUGAGGGAGCUUCCAAGGAAGCGGGGAAGAGCUGCAUUUCUUACCUCACGGAGUGAUGUGAAUAGUGAAUACGAUGGAACGAUCUCCUCGUGUUGGCUCUCGUCACGUUCGUGUCGGAUUUUCGUAGGGUUAUGCUGGGAAGCUCCAAGGCCGGAUUUUUGGUUGACGUUGAAGUUUUGUCUGGUUGAAAUAAUUCUAUGGGUAAAGCUUCAAGUAUGAAGAGUAACUUUGCUGCUACAAGUAAAAGGUAAUGACUACAAUUUACAUGGUGCUCUUGCUAGAUAGAUAGAUAUAUAGAUAGAUAGAAGAUAAUGAUUCACGAGCUCAUGAGCUGAGUUUUAUCUUAGUGUGGUUACAUUACGUAAUUCAUGUUUAAUGCCAACCACCUUUAAUCA